AUAUGAAUACACUUUCAGAAAGCUCUUCCCUUUUGCUCCAAGAACAACAGGACUUUCCAAAUUCCACUUUCCAUUCUUGGAACAUCAAACUUUCUUAUAAAGAUUAAAACUUUCAUUACCCCAUUGCCAUAAAACCUUUUGAAGCAAUGUCUAAUUUCUCUCUUUCUCCUUCACCUACUUCAGGUUUUAGCAUUAGCCUCCAAAACCCUACUAAAACCUCACCUUAUCAUCACCAACCUCUCUCUUUUUCCACCUCCAUUAAUAAUACCAUUUUUACCCCCUUAAAUUCCCACACAAAAACAUUCAAAGCUUUGCCCAAGAAUCUUUCCUUAACAUGUCGCCAUUCUGAUUAUUUUGAACCUCAACAGCAACAACAACAACAACAACAGCCACAUGGGGCAUCUUCGCCUAAGGUUUUUGUUGGAUACUCAAUAUACAAAGGGAAAGCAGCUCUCACCAUUGAACCUCGGUCGCCAGAGUUCGCGCCUAUAAAUUCGGGGGCAUUCAAGCUGUCAAGAGAAGGUAUGGUGAUGCUUCAAUUUGCACCCGCUGCUGGUGUUCGUCAAUAUGAUUGGAGUAGAAAGCAGGUCUUCUCGUUGUCAGUGACUGAAAUGGGAUCUAUUAUCAGCCUUGGGGCAAAAGAUUCAUGUGAGUUCUUCCAUGAUCCAAACAAAGGAAGAAGUGAUGAAGGUAAAGUCAGGAAAGUGUUGAAGGUCGAGCCACUUCCAGAUGGCUCUGGUCACUUCUUUAAUCUCAGUGUUCAAAACAAGCUUAUUAAUUUGGAUGAGAACAUUUACAUCCCUGUUACAAAGGCAGAGUUUGCAGUUCUUGUCUCAGCAUUCAAUUUUGUUCUGCCAUACCUUUUAGGUUGGCACACUGCCGCAAAUUCCUUCAAGCCUGAAGAUACCAGUCGCUCAAACAAUGCAAAUCCAAGAUCAGGCGCUGAACUCGAAUGGAAUAGAUAGGUUCUCGCGGGCUAAAGAACGUUGCCUCGACUAUGAUCGAGGGGCAAGAUGUUCUUUUGGCCCUCGGAUCGAAAUUUUGUAUGACCCACUCUGACUUGCGCCCUCCAGUGAUUUUGCAAAGGGUUUUAGAAGUUUCGGCGAUAGUUGUAUUAACUCUCUUAUGGUAAUGCUUGACUUAAUGUAGUUGUGUUAGUGUCUAGGUGUGUUUAUUAUGUAGCCAUAUUGCUGUCGAAACCAUUAACUGAUUAUCCUGUUGAAUGUGAAAUCAGUCUAGUUUUUGUGAAUCUAUUUGGUUCUUUGUA